AUGAAUACUGAAAAUGCCGCUUCCAGCAUUCCGAGUAAACGCACUACAUCAGCCCUCCAGAUGGGGCCCCGUAAAAAAGCUUCAACAUCUGAUCCUCUUAUCUCCCAUGGCCGUCACUUCGGUCGAACAGUAUUCGCUCUGUGCAAUUUCCCUUCUCUACUCACCAACGGUAUCCUCAGGUUAGAGCAAAUGGAAGAUGCUCCACUAGAGGACUUUUCUGCUGAUGAGCGACGAGAGCAUCGCGUUUUUGAACACCUCUUAGAAUCUUACCCUGGCCUUUUAGAGCGACUGCAAAACGGAUCCGAGGAGGAGCUUAUUCACGUGGGUGAGCUAAUCGGUAAGGGAGCUGCAGGUGCCAGGGGCGACGACACGAAAACAUUGAAGUCUGCAGUGAUUGAUUGGAUUUCCCCGAAAGGGAUUGCAAUCCAGCCUCCUUUACACAGAAACUCAAAGAUCGACCGCAGAUUCAAUCAUGAGCUCACCGGAUCACUGCUUUGUCCCACAGGGUUGGACUGGAAAGACCCAGAGACGAGAGAGAACCUCCGAAGCGGAGAAAUGUCGGUAUGUGGAGAUCAAUGGCCCGUAUUUUUGUACGCCAACCAUACUUACGAUGCUGAUGACCCGUGGUGUGGUCUUCUUAGGAAUUGUUUACUUGUAUCUGUGAGUAGGCACACCUAUUCUAUGUUAUUCUUAACUACAUCCCCGAGCUCUGUUGACAAAGAACCAAAAGCUACGCGAUCUGGAAAUGCUCGCCUUCAUGGCAUGAACACUGUCACUCUCACUUCUAUAUCUUAUAUUGCAACACAGGUUGGUUUUAGCAUGCUUCUGAAUUCCUCUUCAGUGUUUUCACGGACCGACACGACAACAGACUCAGAGACAUUCUACCACAGUCUCCUCGACCUCUUCGAGGACCCUGAUGAAUGCAAUGAAGUCGACGAGCUGCUGACGUGGUGGAAUCGUCAAGUUUUUCCUACUUCAUCUGCUGCCAAGCGACCUAUCAGCGCCAACAGCGCCUUGGCAAAGAUUCGACUUAAACGCCUUGCAGUCAAACAGACUGCAGAUUUAAACUCCUCGUAG